AUGUCCGGUGGUGAGGACUAUAACUCUGAUGAUGACCAAACCGCCUUGAGUAAGAAAGAGCUCCAGGAGCUGAAGCGAAAGCAACAGAAGAGUAAAAAGAAGAAAGAGUCGAAGAAAAGGGCUAAAGCCACAAAACAACAAGAAGAUACGAAAGAUAAUCAAGAAGAAAUAAAGGUAGAAGAGGAGGGACAGCAGGCGGCAGAUCUGGGAGUCGAUGUUGAAUAUGUGGGCGAGACGAUUGAAAUUGGCCCAGAUCAUCCGGAUGCGGCGUAUUUCGCGGCAGUUUUUGAUGCUUUCAAGAUCUCCACCGACUCAGAAGAUGGUGGAUCAUAUAGUCACCACGUAUCCAAAGGAGAAAAGAAAGAGGACCUGGGAAGAGUUGGACAAGCCGAACGAAUUCUUCAAGAAGAGAUGGAGGAGCGUGCCAAGGAAAACACAGAUGAAAAGUUGUCACGUCGCAAGCUUCGAAUCUCUCUCCAACCAAGCAUCGCCAAGCUCAAGGAGACCACUUACCGAGCGGAUGUUGUCGAGUGGGCAGAUGUCACUUCCAGAGAUCCCUACCUUUUGGUGGCUCUCAAAUCGUAUAGAAAUACGGUGACAGUGCCACGUCAUUGGAAUGCCAAACGGAAGUACUUGGCAGGAAAGAGAGGAUUCGAGCGUCCGCCGUUCGAGUUGCCAGACUUUAUCAAGAGAACUGGUAUUCAGGAUAUGAGAGAGGCACUUUUGGAGAAGGAAGAAAAUCAGAGCUUAAAGUCGAAAAUGAGAGAGCGUGCUCGUCCGAAGCUGGGAAAGAUUGAUAUCGACUAUCAGAAGCUGCACGACGCCUUUUUCAAGUGGCAAACAAAACCAACGAUGACCAAAAUGGGCGAGCUGUACUACGAGGGAAAGGAAAUGGAGGCUAUGAUGAGGGAUAAGAAGCCAGGAGAGAUGUCGGACGAGUUGAGAAUUGCUCUUGGAAUGCCAAUAGGAUCGAAUGCAUUCAAAUUUCCACCACCAUGGCUUAUUGCUAUGCAACGUUAUGGUCCACCACCAAGCUUCCCACAUAUCAAGAUUCCGGGACUCAAUGCGCCGAUUCCAGAAGGAUGCGCAUUCGGAUAUCACGCAGGAGGCUGGGGAAAACCACCAGUCGAUGAGUAUGGUCAUCCACUCUACGGAGACGUUUUCGGUCUCGCUGCACCAGCAUUCGAACCAGAAGACGAGUCUCAAAUCGAGCGUCGCUACUGGGGAGAAAUCGGGUCAGACGAGAGCAGUGACGAGGAAGAGUCUGAGGAGGAGGAAGAUAUGGAUGAGGAUGACGAUGGUGACAUGGCAGGUGGAUUCCAGACACCAGCUCCAGCAGAGGGAAUGGUUACUCCAUCUGGAAUGACCACCGGAAUCACUGGAAUCGAGACUCCGGACACUAUUGAGUUGAGAAAAGGAAAAGAGAGUUCGGUGCUCGGUACGGAUACUCCAGCAGCCGCCUAUCAUAUUAUUCCGGAGAAGAAAAAUGAGAGAAUCGGUGGACAGAUGAUGGCAUCCACUCACACUUAUGAUCUCUCGAAGAAACAUGCGGUUCGUGAUGAUGGUGUUCAGAUCUCGUUGGAUCCAGAGUCAAUCGAUAUGGAUGAGCAAGGACUGGCGGCACGGUAUGAGGAGCAGUUGAGAAAGCAGAAGCAUCGGGAUGAUGAUGAUGAGGAGAGGGAGGAUCUGACAGAUAUGGUCGCCGAGCAUGCAGCCAAGCAAAAUAGAAAGCGAAAGGUGCAAGACGACAAGAAGAACAAGCAAUCGUCGUCGUCGUCCUCAUCAUCCAGUGGAAAGAAGCACAAGGAUUUCAAAUUCUAA